GUUGAAUGUUGAUCAUCUUCGACGUGACACGUCAGAAGACUUUGUUGACUACGUUGUAAAGAACUCAGUUUUAAAUCAAGGGCAAGAGAAUUGUCAAUACGGCAUUGUCUGCUACGGUGAAUAAUAAAUAUCACGAGGUCGUUACAAAGGCGCUCGAGCGAGCAGUCAUUCGAUAUUAGUUCGCUUGAAUACAUCAUCUAGAAAUGUCGGAAGAAACCAAAAAGGAGCCGAAUCGAAAUAUGGCCAUGGCAGAAUUUGCUGAAGAAUUUACCCGAUUAAUCAUUCGUUAUACGAGAAUUUCAGUGAACGACGAUCUAUCGAAAAAUGCUCCCUUGCGUUUAAUUAGUGAAGAUCUAGUGUACACCAUGCAUCAUGUGCUUCAUGCACUCAAUAUAAAGGGCUUCUAUAGUGAGGCUGAGAAGAUUGAGAGUAUUAAAAGAGAAAUGUAUUUAUUAAAAACAUCCAAUGGCGCAAAUGCUGCUGAUAUUCCAGAAACAUCGGUCGUUACACAUAACAAACACGAACCAGAUAUUGAGAAAACAUCUCAAGAUGCUUUUACGGAUGAUGAGGCUUCUGUUUUUUCUGAUAUCUCAAAAGCUAGUAAAGAGGAACAAGAGAAUUCUGUCAGUACAUUGCAAAACGGUAAAAAGUUUAUUUCACAGUCGAAUCCUGUGAUCUGCAUUAGCAACAUUAGCAGAUCUGAUACUUUUGUUCGCGAAGAAAGCCAACAAGUCAACGCCGAAGACCAGGAAGAUGUUUUCGAAGAUGUUGCAAAUGGUGUUGAAAUGGAUGAUUUAUCAAGUGAUAAUUUUCAAACAUUAGUGAGCGAAUUACAACAGUCCACUAGGGACAUCAUGGUGAAGCUGAGAAAUUUAGAACGAUUGCCGCAAUUGAUAAGAUCAAAAAAAGUUACAGCAAAACUUCAUCAACCACCUGUGCCUAGUGGUCAUUCUAGUCCCCAUCGUACUUCAACUAUGAACAAAACAAAGGUGCUACCUAACAUUUGCAGGUCAAGUUCUGCCUUUCCUAAAAUGCCAACAUCUCCUAAGUUGCUUACAACAGAAAGUGGAAAUAUUUUUGCGAGACGUAAAAGUACUGGCGGAAUCGGGACUAAAGCAUCUAUUGGAAAAUCUAACAAAUCCAAAUUGGAUUAUUCGAUUACCCAAAAUGGGUCAUCAAAUCUAACAUUAUUAGCACAUAACAAGGUAUCACCAGGUUCAUCUGUUGAAUUUCAACCUAAGGUUACAAAAAAUCCGAAAUACGCCCAUGUUCAAAGCACUAUACCAAAAGCAAUCAGUCAGAAGAAAAAGAUGCAUGAUGAUAAGACAUCAAAAUAAAGUUAACUUCUGAUAUGAAUUUUUGUUUACUUUGCUAUUGCUAAAUAUCGAACACUUUAUAUAUUCUAAACGUAGCGGCUGUGUGAAAAGAGAGUGCAACGGAAAUUGUUAAACUGAUCUCCGUCAAAUUUGAUUUAAAACGUCGUCGCAAGAACAAAUUUCUACGCAAGAACAAAUUUCUACGAUGUAAUUUUCGAAUGUGAGACUUUCUCUCGUCAUAAUUUUUAUCUCGUACAAAAAAAUCCAAAAAUAUAAUUAUUUUAUAUUCGUACAUCAACAAAGAAUUAUUGAAAUGUUCUUAAAUAUUUUAAAUUACCAUUUUUGCCGAUUUGAACGAAGUUCUUUUGAAAAAUCAAUUAAAAAGCUUUUAAUUAAAAUACAAAAUUAAUUUAAUUCAAUACUUCGUUUCUUUCAUCUCGGAAGGGUUAAUACGGAAUUCUCCCUUCGCUCACUGCGUGAGACAGAGAUAGCAAAAUAACUAUUAGUAUUCCGGUCUUUAAUUAUAAAAAUCGUGUAGGCGGUGCUUUGGCACCGUGAGCCUUCAUCAAUCAUCCGUCAAUCCACGUCCACGAAAACGAUUCUUCUAGAUUACACGAUCUUUGCCCUUGAAAGGCAGACCUUCGUUACUAGGAAGCAGGUAAUCUUGAAGCUCGUAAUUAGUGCUCACCUGGUGAAGACUAUAUCUCAUAGCUUUCGUGGCACUCGUUCGUUACGUUAACGUAUAGAAACUGCGUAAUUCUAUAUAUUAUUUUAUUUUAAUGAAUUCAUUUCCAUCAGAAAUCCAUUCCUCCGUCAUCCGUCUCACAACGCGGUCUCACCGCGGAUGCGGUAGCAAACUGCAUCUGUCCUUAAGUGCACUCUCGGCGAAACACUCUUCAGCUUAAAAAGUGUUUCACUUGUUGACGUGUCAGCCGAGCCACUCACCCGGCGGACUCCGAGGAGCAGUCCCAUCAACGACAGCGAUUAGCCCCCACGAUUCACCUUAAUGGCUGCCCGAUCGUCCGUUCGCUUCCAUCCGUUUCUCUUUUCGACGUUAUUAAGUAGGCGCGAAAAUGCAAAGUGAAACGGGACAGGAGGGGGACAUCGUCGAUCCUCCGCGCCUCGUCUCCGUCACGAUAUAAUCGUGAGUCGCACGACCGUAUAUUUUAUUUUUCCAUUUUUAUGACGCCGUUCCUCGAAGUUUUAUCACGGCAUAUUAAUGGAGGAGGAGUACACCCAACGAAAAUUAUAUUUACAAGCGUUCGUUAGAGCUUUCGUACGGUAACAAACGGAUAAUUAUGUGUCACCGGUCGAUAAAUUUAUUCGAUAAAUAAAUGAGCGAUAUAAACUCGUGUUUUAUAUUUAAUUGUAAAAUUAUAGGAUACGUCAAUGUGUGUGUUUCCAAUUGCAACGAUAGCAAUUAGCUUUCAUGAGCGCCUCUGUACGAGCGACUAGUUUCUAUAUAUACUUAAAACAUUGAAAAUGUAUAGCCCCAAACUAUAUAUAUAAAAAAAUGCAUUUUAAAAUAGAACGAACAAAAAGAAAUUGAUAAAUGAGAAUUCAUCAAUAAUACAUACGUCGCCGGUACCAUCUUUAUUAUCGUGAUUCGAGGGCUGAUAUGGCCAUGACCGUGGGCACAGCUGCCACUUUGCCGAGAAACGAAUUUGUAGCUGUGCGCGCUCCAUCUUUUUGUCUCAUCGAAUCACUUCCUGGCUCCCCCCUUCCCCUUUCUCGUUCUUUCGUUCUGCUGUAGCCCGAACGAGCCCAUUUUUGGCUCGU